AUGAGUAAGAGGAAGGUGGAAGUAGUUGCCGAAUUUGACGAUGAUUUCAAAUCAAAAGAUGAGGAUCCUUUUAAUUUGGAUAGUCUCCUUGACGAGGAUUUUGAAUUGGAAAAAUUAAACUACUGCGGAUUGUUUCGAUAUGCAAAGCCACUAGAAGUUUUAAUGUUUGCCUUUGGCAUUCUGUGCAGUGCUGGCUUGGGUGCACUGUUUCCCAUAAGCAUGGCCAUAUUCGCUGAUAUGGUCGACAGGCUUAUAAGGAAUUUUUUCAGAGCCGCAGAUCUGAUUGAGGAGCAAGUUCCAUUCUUUGUAUACUUGGCAAUAUCAUCACUUGUCCUUGGCUUUGUACAAAUGUACUUCUUGACCCUCUCUUCCAAACGACAGGCGAGGCGAAUUCGUCUUCUUUUCUUCGAUAGUCUCAUUCGUCAAGACGCAGGCUGGAUGGACUCCAAAGCUUCGGGUAGUCUUAUCAGCCUUCUAUCAAGUAGCGUGCCUGAAAUCCAAAGUGGCAUCGGAAAUCGUGUAGGCAGUUUUGUUCGAGAUGCCGUCCUCUUUCUUGGGUGCAUCAUCAUGGCAUACGCAAAGGGCUGGAAGCUUGCUCUCGUGGCUUCUGCUUCCCUUCCUGUUAUUGGCGCCUCUUUUGCUUUUCUUGCGUUUGCCCUCAAGUAUUUCAACACGAAGGAGAUUCAAGCAUACAGUGAAGCUGGUGGUAUCGCUGGUGAGGUUCUCUCUUCAAUUCGCACUGUGUUUGCGUAUGGUGGACAGAAGAGGACCUACGAGCGUUACGCCAACGAAUUAUAUAAGGCUGAGCGAACUGGAAUUCGCAAAGGCAUGGCUAUCGGCGCUGGGAACGGUUUCGUUAGCCUGUCGAUUUUCUCAGCGGCUGCUCUUUGCCUGUGGUAUGGAAUUACUCUAGUCCGUACAGAGCGCUUCAGCAAUGGUACCGUUAUUCUGGUUGUUGUGAGCAUAAUCAUCUCUAGCAUUGCUGUUGGUAAGGCCCUACCUGAAAUCGAGGCUCUUGCCAGAGCAGUAUCGGCUGCUAAAAAGGUUUACGCUAUUAUUGAUCGUGUUCCCCCCAUUGACAUCGAAAAAGGGGGUGAGAUUAUCCCGGACUUUCAAGGAAGGAUUGAAUUUAAAAAUGUCAAUUUUAGUUAUCCCAGCCGACCUAAUGUACCAAUAUUAAAGAACUUCAAUUUGACGAUUGAGCCAGGGAAGAAAGUUGCAAUAGUAGGUUUUAGUGGCUCUGGAAAGAGUACAGCAAUUCAUCUGAUACAACGACUUUACGAUCCCCAAGAUGGUGAAAUCCUUGUUGAUGGUGAAAGCAUUCAAAAUCUUGAUGUUGGCUGGCUUCGAAGGCAAAUAGGAACUGUCUCUCAGGAGGCGACACUUUUUACCGGCACCAUUGCCGAAAACAUCCGUAUGGGAGAUCUCCAUGCAACAAUGGAUGAGGUUAUACAGGCUGCUCAGCUGGCCGAAGCUUCUGAAUUCAUUUACAGAAUGCCAGAAGGCUUUAAUACAUGGCUAAAUGAGGGAGGAGCUAAGUUGUCGGGCGGCCAACGACAACGAAUUGCAAUUGCUAGAGCGUUGGUUCGACGCCCAAAAAUUCUUCUGCUAGACGAAGCUACUUCUGCCUUGGACACACGGACGGAGAAGUCAGUUCAACGAGCACUGGAGCAGGCGGGUGCUGGUAGAACGGUUCUCAUGGUGGCUCAUCGUCUCACCACGGUGCGAGAAGCUGACGUGAUUGUCGUCAUGAAGGACGGCAUAAUCUUGGAGCAGGGCACACACGAGCAGUUAAGGGACAUGAAAGGCCAGUACUACCGCAUGCUUCAGGCACAGGGUCUUUUAAAGGAAGAAUCGACCAAAAAUAAGGAGGUUGCAAAAUCCACUGAUUUAGAAAAGAUGGGAGUGAAAAUUUACGAGAAGCAUGAUGAGUUUGAUAAUGAAAUGGAAAAACUCGACGAGAUCAUCGAAGAGGGAGAAUCGGAACCGAAAAAGGAGUCCCAGUUAGCUGCUUUCAGGAAAAAGUGGCCCAUGUGGCAGGCUUUGCGCCUAAACAAACCUGAGUGCCUCUACCUCAUUAUGGGUCUACUAAUGGCAAUUGCUGUUGGGAUUAUCGAGCCCCUCUUUGCGCUUCUUGCCCUGAUGAUCUUUACCCCGAUGAAAAUGCAACGCAAAGCCAAUAGGCUUGCCGUAAACAUGAUCUUCCUCGGUUUCAUGCGAAUGAUUGCCACAUUUGUUCAAAGAACCAUGCUAGGCAUUGCAGGAGAGCGACUAACGAGAAGAGUUCGAGAGAUGCUUUUCAAAUCCAUUUUGAAGCAGGAGGUGGCAUGGUUCGACAAGUCCGAGAACCAGCCUGGUGUGCUGACAGCACGACUUGCAGCGGACGCACCCUCGCUGGAGAAGAUUUCCGGAACGCAGUUGGGUGUUAUGGUGGAGGCUACAUGUCUAGUUAUUGUCUCUCUCGUAAUUGCCUGCAGUUACAGCUGGAAAGUGACCCUCGUCAACCUCGCUUUUUUCCCCUUCCUCAUUCUCGCCAGUAUCCUCCAGCUCAAAGAUCUUUCGGGAUCAGAACGCAAGAAGUACCUCGCUGGUGUAAGCGUCGCCCAGGAGGCCUUAAGUGCUCAUCGAGUCGUCACCAGCUUUGGUCUGGAGACCUUCUACAGCAAUCUAUUCUUAGAAAAGUGUGGCCAUACGACCCCACUUAUCGACUGGUCCAAUAUCUUCUUCUCAACUGUCAGUACGGUGGCUCAGUCCAUGCAGUACUUUCAGAUGGCGGCCUCCUUCUCUGUUGGAGCAACCCUUCUGAGACAAAAAGACAUUAAAACCUUCACUGUUUUUCGAGCAUUCACACUGAUCAGCUUCUCCGCUCAAGGCGUGGGUCGUGCGGCCUCCUUCUUACCCGAUUUGAAGAGCGCAAACGUGGGCGCGCGGCAGAUUAUGAGUUUACUAGAGCGCCAGAGUCAAAUGGAUGUGGAUAGUGGUGAGACACCUGAGGGGCCAUUUUCGGGCAAAAUCGAGUUCAAGGAUGUCGAAUUUUCAUACCCCGAUCGCAAAUACGUAAAGGUAUUGGAGGGCUUCAGUCACACUGUGGAAGCCGGCACCUCCGUCGCUCUGGUUGGUCAAUCCGGUUGCGGAAAGUCGACCAUACUCCAGCUCAUCGAACGCUUCUACGACGCGGAUAACUUCGAAAAACUUGAGGAGGGUGUCUUCAUGGACGGAAGGAAUGUAAAGGACCUCUCACCCAAUUGGAUACGGCAGCAUAUUGGGGUAGUGUUACAGAACACAGACCUCUUCGAUCUUUCUAUCCGCGAUAAUAUUGCCUUUGGUGAUUGCUCUCGUGAGCUUUCGAUGAGUGAUAUCAUUGAGGCUGCAAAAGUUGCAAACAUUCAUGACUUUAUCACAAAUCUCCCAAUGGGCUACGACACAAAAGUGGGUAUCCGGGGCUCUCAACUUUCAGGGGGUCAACGACAACGAAUUGCGAUUGCUCGGGCACUAGUCAGACGUCCGGCACUGCUGCUGCUGGAUGAAGCGACCUCGGCACUGGACGCGGAGAACGAGCGAGACGUGCAGGAGGCGCUGUCGCAGACCAUAGCGAAGGCGAAGAUGACUUGUGUCGUGGUGGCGCAUCGUCUCUCCACAGUGGAAGCCUGCGACUUUGUAGUGGUUGUUGACCGCGGUCGAAAAAUCGAGUGCGGUCCGCCUGGCGCACUGCUGCAGGCUCGUGGUGCUUUUUACGCCCUGCAUAGCGCUUCCGGUUGA